AUGGGAGUAGAAGCAGAAGCAGAGGAAGAGGGGUCAUCAUUGUUGCUUUCUCCGCCUGGGAUCAAGAGAACUGGGAGUGCAUGGACGGCCGUGGCGCACAUAAUAACUGGAGUGAUAGGGUCUGGGGUGCUAUCACUGGCUUGGAGCAUGGCUCAGUUAGGGUGGAUUGCAGGUCCUUUGGCCAUGUUGACUUUUGCUUUGAUCAGCCUUCUUUCUGCUUUCCUUCUCUGCGACUGCUAUCUAUCUCCUGAUCCUGAAUUUGGACCCAAAAGAAAUCGGUCUUACCUUGAAGCUGUUCAUGAGACUUUGGGAAAACGGAAUGCAUUGGUAUGUGGCCUCUUCGCACAAAUAGGCUUAUAUGGGACAGGAAUUGCCUAUACUAUUACUACUGCUAUCAGCAUGAGGGCAAUUCAGAAAUCAAACUGUUACCACAGAGAAGGGCAUGGGGCUAGUUGUGAAUAUGGAGGCACUGUGUAUAUGCUACUAUUUGGAGUGAUUCAAGUUAUAUUGUCCCAAAUACCAGAUUUCCAUAACCUACAAUGGCUAUCAAUUGUUGCUGCAAUCAUGUCUGUCAGCUAUUCUUCUAUUGGAUUUGCACUUGGAUUGACACAAGUAAUAGGAAAUGGAAUUGUUAAGGGUGGGAUUGUAGGAGUCCCAGCUUAUAGUGCAGCUGAUAAAUUAUGGAAUAUAUCUCAAGCACUUGGGGAUAUUGCAUUUGCGUAUCCAUAUUCCCUAAUUCUACUCGAAAUACAGGAUACAUUAAAAUCACCUCCAUCAGAAAACAAGACCAUGAAGAAGGCGUCAACGACAGCUAUUUUUGUUACAACAUUUUUCUACCUCUUCUGUGGAGGCUUUGGUUAUGCAGCUUUUGGAGAAAAAACACCAGGAAACCUCUUGACUGGAUUUGGAUUUUAUGAACCAUACUGGCUUAUCGAUUUCGCUAAUGCUUGUAUUGUGCUUCAUCUUGUUGGUGGUUAUCAGGUUUACAGUCAGCCAGUAUUUGCAGUCAUUGAAAAUUGGAUUGCUGAGAACUAUCCCGACAACAGGCUUUUGAAAAAGAAUGUCACCUACCAAUUCCCAUGGUUGCCAGGUUUCCAAUUAAAUCUCCUCAGGUUGUGUUUCCGAACAAUUUACGUCCUGUCAACAACCGCGAUUGCAAUGAUGUUUCCUUACUUCAACCAGCUUCAUCUGCCUGUUGGUGACAGCAUUUGCUUUGAUUGGAUCAGUCGAAGGGCUGAUAAGUGCAAGACUGAGCUAAGGGACCAAAUGGAUUGUCCUGAGGCAGAAUUACCGGUGAUGGUGAAGGCAUCUCCAAGUUUUAGUUGA